AUGGUAGAUACUGGUGCCACUCAUUCAUUUAUCACUCAACGUGCAUUGAGCACAUUAUACCAUUCAGCAGUACCCUCAUGUGAUCGUAUAGCUCAAUUAGGUGAUGGUCACACCCUGCUUAAAAUAUUGGGUGAAGUUCAAUUAUUAUUGCAAUUUGAUAGAGUUUUUACACCUUUAAAUGUGCUCGUCGUCAAAACCAUGAAUACAGAUUUUAUACUUGGCAGUGAUUGGUGUACUGAAAAUGCAACACGAAUUGAUUAUCAUACAAAUCAGGUGUCUAUAUGUUCAAAAAACGGUCGUAUUUUUAUUCCAUUCGACAGAUGCAUUGAUUAUUUAACUUUAGAUGUCAAAUCCAUUAAUGUAAUUCAUAUUCCUCCACGUGAAUCAUACACUGUUCAAGCCAAAGUCGAAUUAUCAUCAGCUGAUACCGUCUACUUCUCGCCUAUUGAUGUUAUACAAUCCGAAAACUCUAUUAUCAUGUCACCGGCGUUGUUACACAUAAAUAAUUAUACUACAUAUCUAGAAGUAUAUAAUCCACAUGAUUACACCUAUACAUUACCAACAAAUACGCUUCUAGGUCGAGUCACACACACACCGUAUCACGUACCUUCAUUCUUAUUAUUUGAUCCAUCUAGCAGACCCUCAUCAGUAUCGUCUCAACCUCAUAUUCUUAAUGCGAUUGAACUCGAACAAACAUCUCCUGAAACAUCCCAAACAAUUGAUCACUUAAUUGCUCAUAUUACAAAUGUUCAAGACAAACAACAAUUACGGUCCAUAUUGCACAAACACAUGAAACUUUUUGACACUUCGAAAGUUACACAAGCCAACACGCCUAUUCAACAUACUAUCAACACCGGUGAUAGCCUUCCGGUUAGUUCACGACCUUACCCACGAACCAUUGAACAACGGCGUGAACUUCAAGAUGAAAUCCAAAAAAUGAUACAAACUAAUCAAAUUCGCCCAUCAAAUUCACCUUGGUCAUCUCCAGUUAUUAUUCACAAAAAAAAGGAUGGUGGUAUUCGAUUUUUAGUCGAUUAUCGAAAAUUAAACUCGGUGACCAAAAAAGAUUGUUUUCCUCAACCAACAACUGAAGAAUUAUUACAUCGAUUAGGUGGUCAUCGCUUUUAUACAAAAUUAGAUCUUAAAUCAGGUUAUUUUCAACUUCCAAUACAUGAAAAAGAUAAAGAAAAAACAGCGUUUAUCACACAAGAUGGUUUAUGGGAGUUCAAUGUUCUUCCACAAGGUAUUAUGAAUGGACCACCAACUUUUCAAAGGACUAUGCACAAUCUCCUUGGUUAUGGACGUUGGGAUUAUGUCAUGGUUUAUUUAGAUGAUAUUUUGAUAUUUUCACGUAGCUUCGAUGAACAUAAAAAACAUUUAAACGAAAUUUUAUCCAUAUUAGCUAAAGCCAACUUCCAAGUUAAUCCUGAUAAAUGUUCCAUUGCUGUUCAAGAAAUAGAUUUUCUAAGUCAUACAGUCAACGAACAAUGCAUUAAACCUAAUGGUGAUAAAAUUAAAGCUAUUAUUGAUUUACCAGCUCCAAAAACACUAACAGAAGCAAAUGAAUUUUUAGGAAAAAUCAAUUGGUAUCGCAAGUUUAUUUCUGAUUUUGCUCGUAUAGCUGCACCAUUGCACAAAGUUACUAACAAAACAAAACAUCAUCGACAUGAAUUUACAUGGGGACCUGAUCAACAACAGUCAGUUGAUGAAUUUAAACGUAUUCUGACAACAUUUCCAUUAUUUUUAGAAUAUCCCGAUUUAUCAACUCCAUUUGUAUUAACAACGGAUGCAUCAGAUAUUGGAAUAGGUGGAAUUUUACGUCAAGAUACACCGAAUGGCACAAAAAUUAAUUACUUUAAGUCCCGUGUUUUAAAUGAUACUGAACGUAAAUAUGAUACAUUUGAAAAAGAAGCUUUAGCUAUUUUCUGGUGCAUUUCUGAACUUCGACCAUAUAUAGGUGAUUCUAAUUUUAUUGUCGAAACUGAUCACAAACCACUUGAAAAUUUUCAUAACAAACAAAUCAAUAAUAAACGGGUGAUGAAUUGGCUUUUCAAAUUACAAGAUAUUUUGCCACAAAUUAUUGCAGUCAAGUAUCGUGCAGGUGCAAAUAACAGUGCCGCCGAUUAUAUUUCACGGCAUUUUCCUCCAUCAGCAUCUAUCACCAUUAAUCCAGCUACAAUAAAUGUAACACAUGAUGAUUGGCCAAUUGGUGAUCAGCACUGGUCUGAAGAAGUACCCAAACCACAACGUACACAAUUUAUUCAACCGUCUAUUUCAAAAAACACUUGUAUUCGCAAUGCCGGUAUCAAUGCAGAAAUUAAUGCUGUUACAACACGAGCACAAUCAAAACUUCAAGCUCAACUACGUUCACCUUCAGUACAUACAUCAUCUACAUCUCAAUCUACGUGUUCUUCUCCAUCAACGGCUAAUCAAUUAUAUGAUUUUAGUUUAUCACGUAUACGUUCUGAACAAGCGCACGAUGUAACUAUCCAACAAAUAAUUCAACAAAUUCGCAAUAAUCGUCAUUAUGAAUCGUUUAUUAUUCAACAGGGUAUUCUGUAUAAAUUAGCUCGCCGUGAUGAUACUACUAUUAAACUUGUUUAUGCACCUUCGAAAUUAAUUCCCGAACUAAUGGCUGCUUAUCAUGAUCACCCUCUAAGUGGUCAUUUUGGCACCGGACGUACAUGGUCUACAUUAAGAAACACAUAUUAUUGGCCACGUAUGAAAGACACAAUAACAUCUUAUAUUAAAUCAUGUGAUAAAUGUUCGCAAUUUAAUGUGGAUCGACAUAAACCACCAGGAUUUUUACAAUCUAUUCAACCACCUAAUGAUGUUUUUCAAAUACUAGGUAUGGAUUGGUGGGGACCCACCACCACUUCGCUUUCUGGAAAUCGAUAUGUUUUAGUUAUAACUGAUCGGUUGUCUGGUUAUGUUUUUGCUAAAGCAUCACCUACAAAUACAGCUCAAGAUUCUGCUCGCAUCUUAAUGGAAGAAAUUAUUUUAGUACAUGGUUCACCAGACGUAAUUAUUACUGAUCAAGGAACACACUUUCAGAACGAACUAAUGCAAGCCAUUUCACAUUUAGUUGGUUGUAAACACAUUUUUUCAACACCGUAUCAUCCACAAACAAAUGGACAAACUGAACGAUGGAACUCGACAUUCGUAACACAAAUCGCCAAAUAUUGUAAUACUGAUCAAAACAAUUGGGACACAUUUUUACCAUCUAUUGUUUAUGCUUACAAUAAUGGUAUACACAGCUCUACUGGAUUCAGUCCUUAUCAACUAGCAUUCGGACGAAGACCACGGCAUCCAUUUAAUCCUCCUGCAUCUACAUUCGUUUUUAAUAAACCACAUGACUAUUGGAUGCAGGUGAUACAAUAUAGAAAUGCAGCUUUAAAACAAGCAAAAGAAAAUAUUAUACAUCAACAAGAACUAUCAAAAAUUCGUUUUGAUAAAAAUCGAUCACAUCCGAAUUUCGUUCCAGGUGAUCUUGUAUGGAUGAAAAUUUUUGUUGGACGACACAAACUUAAAGCUAGAUACACUGGUCCUGCUCGAAUCAUUCGAAUUUUCUCACCAGUAUCCUUUAUUGUUGAAGAUGACAAAUUUCAACGAUUUCAAGUCCAUUCGAACAAUAUUAGGCGUGUAUAUUCUCGGGAACAAGUCCUACCCUGA